AUGUUUGGACAUAAACUAAAGGAGCAAUUCCUCCUAGGGGCAGAGAACAACACCGUAAAUCAUGGAUCGUACGGAGCCGUUCCCAAACCAGUUUGGGAGAAGUACAAGGAGUUCAUGUUGCAGGAUCUCACGUUCCCAGAUCAGUUCACUAUCCAGGAGCAGCAAGCAGCGAUGGUGAAGUCACUGAAAGUGAUAGCCGAAUUUGUGAACACGAGUUUCGAGAAUCUGGCUUUUGUUCCGAACGCCACUACCGGUGUGGGUGCCACCUUGAGAUCUCUUCCUUUGACAAAAGAAGAUAAAUUAUUGUUUCCGUCCACCAUCUACGAAGCGUGCAAGAACAACAUCGAGUAUUUGGCCGAAAAGAUUGGUUUUGAAACCACGGUUAUAGAGCUAAACUACCCAAUGGAAGACCAGGAAGUUCUGGACUUGUACGAGGCAGAGCUCAAGACAGGACAGUACAGGUACUGCUAUUUCGACGCGGUCACUUCUAUGCCUGGUGUGCGUGUGCCGUUUGAGAAACUGGUUGCUAUGAGUCGCCAAUAUGGUGCCCUUAGUAUUGUUGAUGGUGCACAUUCCGUUGGACUGAUCGAUCUCGACUUGGAUGCGAUCAAGCCGGACUUCUUCACCUCCAAUCUUCACAAGUGGCUCUUUUUGCCUAGAGCAGCUGCCAUUUUGUAUGUCGAUCCAAAACAUCAGAGUUUCGUCCAGCCGUUGCCAUUGAGUCACGCUUACAAGGGCAAGAAGUUUUACGAGAGAUUCCUAUUUGUGGCAAGCAACAACUACUCGUCCUACCUGUGUGUCGAAGAGGCCAUCAAGUUUAGAAAAGAAGUUUGUGGAGGAGAAGAAAAGAUCCACGAAUACUGUAAGAAACUCGCAGACGAGGUAUUGAACUUACUUGGAAAGGAUGAUCCGUUUGAAAACUCAACAAAAACUCUCUCAACGGCUAUGGUGAAUAUCAAGAUUCCUAUUUCCGAAGAACUUUUGGCCCAUAUUAAAGAAAAUUAUGUGUAUUUCAGAACGUUCAUUGCGGAUAACAUGUUUGCCGAGAACAGUUACGUUCCGCCAAGUGUUACCAAGACUGAUCUGUUUGUGAGAUACAGUUGUCAAGUUUACAACGAGCUUGAGGAUUUCAAAAAAGCUCACGAAUUGUUCCUUAAAAUCAUGAACAAGUAUGAACAGUCUGUGGCUACCAAAUGA